AUGUCGUCGCUUUUGAGUAGGGAAUUGGUGUUUUUGAUUCUUCAAUUUCUGGAUGAAGAGAAAUAUAAAGAUACAGUUCACAAGUUGGAGGAAGAAUCUGGUUAUCACUUCAAUAUGAAGUAUUGUGAAGAGAAAGCACUGGCCGGAGAGUGGGAUGAGAUUGAGAAGUAUCUUUCUGGCUUCAUAAAAAUUGAUGAUAAUAAACACUCAAUGAAAACAUUCUUUGAGAUUAGGAAGCAGAAGUAUCUUGAAGCACUUGACAGGAAUGACAAAAUGAAGGCUGUUGAUAUACUGGUGAAGGAUUUAAAAGUUUUUUCACAAUUUAAUGAAGAUUUAUUCAAAGAACUUACUCAUCUUAUAACCCUGGACAACUUCAGGGAAAAUGAACAGUUGUCAAAGUAUGCUGGUACCAAAGCGGCUCGAAAUAUAAUGUUCUUAGAGAUUAAGAAACUGAUAGAAUCGAAUCCUGUCCUUAGAGAUAAGCUGGUGUUCCCUUCGAUGAAGUCCUCACGGUUACGAACACUGAUUAACCACAGUUUGAAUUGGCAACACCAGAUGUGCAAGAACCCAAAGGCAAAUCCAGAGGUCAAAACUCUAUUCACUGACCACAGCUGUUCACCGUCAAAUGGGGCUCGUGCAUCUACUCCUGUCAAUCUUCCUGCCACAGCUGUUGCAAGGCCUUCGUCUUUUGUUCCGCUUGGAGUACAUGGUGGACCAUUUCAACCAAACCCAACCACUGCUAAUGUUAAUGCUUUAGCGGGAUGGAUGAUGAACCAAAAUCCUUCUUCAUCAAUUCAGCCACAUGCACUUGUUGCUUCGUCAAUGCCUGGUCUCCCACAUCAAGUCUCUAUGUUUAGGCACAUGAGAACGCCUUCCAAUAAUCUUGGACUGAUGGAAUAUGAUCAUGAGCAAAUAUUGAAACGUAUGCGGUCAUCUAUGGACGAGAUUAAUUAUCCACCUCCACCACCCCAACAACAAACCUCUUCUUUGUCACUUGACGAGCUUCCAAGAUCUGUGGUUUGUACCUUAUAUCAAGGAUCAACAGUGAAAAGCAUGGAUUUCCACCCUUCCCUUCAUUCUUUACUUGCCGUUGGUUGCAUAAAUGGAGACAUAUCACUCUGGGAAGCAGGGCUGAAAGAGAAGCUGAUAUCAAAACCUUUCAAAAUAAAGGAUAUUGCUGCCUGUUCUGUGUUUUUUCAGGCUGCAAUUGUGAAGGAUUCAUCUAUAUCUAUCACCCGUGUAUUAUGGAGCCUCGAUGGAAAUCUUCUUGGGGUUGCUUUCACAAAACAUUUGAUUCAUGUGUAUGCGUAUCAAGGAUCUAAUGAUCUAAGGCAGACUUUGGAGAUUGAUGCUCAUGUCGGUGCUGUUAAUGACUUGGCAUUUUCUUAUCUGAACAAACAAACUUUCAUUGUAACUUGUGGGGAUGAUAAGUUAGUUAAGGUAUGGCAUUUGAAUGGAAGAAAGAUUUUAAAUUUUGAAGGUCAUGAAGCACCAGUUUAUUCUGUUUGUCCCCACCAUAAGGAAAAUAUCCAGUUUAUAUUUUCUACUUCUCUGGAUGGGAAAAUCAAAGCCUGGCUGUAUGAUAGCGAUCGCCCCAGGGUUGACUAUGAUGCUCCAGGACAGGGGUGCACUACAAUCCUCUAUAGUGCUGAUGGAAGUAGAUUGUUUUCAUGUGGGACAAGUAAGGAAGGUGAUUCUAUCCUACUUGAAUGGAAUGAAAGUGAAGGUACAGUGAAGAGAACAUAUUCUGGGUUUAGAAAAAAAUCUAACGGUGUUGUGCAGUUUGACACAGCAAAGAACCGCUUUUUGGCUGCUGGUGAAGAUAGCCAAAUUAAGUUUUGGGAAAUGAACAGUAUCUAUGUUUUGACAAGUAUAGAUGCUGAGGGUGGUCUUCCUAGUCUCCCUCGUCUAAGGUUCAACAAGGAAGGAAAUAUACUUGCUGUAACUACAGCAGAUGGUGGUAUUAAAGUCCUUGCUAAUACUGAUGGUACGAGGUACUUAAGAUCCAUUGACGCCCGGUCUUACAAAGCACCCAAACCACUGGUGGAGACAAAGGUUUCAAAUAUCAACCAGCACAUCAAUAAAGCAGAACGUGUUGACAGAAGCUCUACUGCUGCAGCACUGCCUAUCCUUAAUGGAGUUGAUUCUAUGGCCAGAAUCAUAGAGAAGCAAAGAAGUUUGGAUGACGUAGCUGAUAAAUCUAAAACUGAUCUUACAGAAAUAGUUGACCCUGUUCAUUGUCGUGUAGUUACUCUGCCUGAUACUACUGACCCUACUAACAAGGUUGUUUGUCUUAAUUACACCAAUUCUGGGUGUGACCUUGUGGCUCUUGGUGCUAAAGGGACUCAGAAGAUGUGGAAAUGGAACCGUAAUGAGCAGAAUCCCAGUGGAAAGGCCACGGCCAGUAUUGUUCCCCAACAUUGGCAACCACCUAGUGGUGCUCUCAUGAAUAAUGAUGUCCCAGACAACUCUGAAGGAGUUCCUUGCAUGGCAAUCUCAAAGAAUGAUUCUUAUGUCUUGUCUGCUUGCGGAGGAAAAAUUUCACUGUUCAACUUGAUGACUUUUAAGGUGAUGGCAACUUUUAUGUCACCUCCCCCGUCUUCAACCAUUCUUUUGUUUCAUCCUCAAGACAAUAAUAUUAUUGCAAUUGGAAUGGAAGAUGCAACUAUUCGUUUUUACAAUGUUAGAGUGGAUGAGAUCACAUGUAAAUUGAAGGGUCACCAGAAUCGUAUUACUGGUUUAGCUUUUUCAACUCACCUAAACGUCUUGGUUUCAUCUUCUGCUGAUGCUCAGAUUUGCUUUUGGCGUCUUGAUUCGUGGGAUAAUAAGAAAACACUAUCCCUUCAAUUGCCUGCUGGAAGAGAACCCGUGGGAGAUACUCGAGUAUAUUUCCAUUCUGAUCAAGUGCACUUACUGGUAUGCCAUGAAUCACAGCUAGCAUUAUAUGAUGGUUCAAAAAUGGAAUUGAUUCGGCUGUGGGCGCCACAAGAUACUUCCAUAUCCUAUGCAACAUAUUCCUGCAACAGCCAACUAAUUUAUGCUGCCUUCACUGAUGGAAAUAUUGGAGUAUUUGAUGCUGACAGCCUGAGACCAAGAUGUCGUAUAACUCCAUCUGCAUACCUACACCAACCAUCGCCAGAUAGCCAAAAUAUAUACCCGAUUGUGAUUGCAGCACACCCACAGGAGCCAAAUCAAUUUGCCGUUGGAUUGUCAGAUGGGUCUAUUAAAGUCGUAGAGCCCAGAGAGCCGAAUGGGAGAUGGGGAGUUUCUGCAUCGGUUGAUAAUAGGAUAACCUCACCGUCAACUUCUGAGCAGCAGCAACAAAGAUGA